AUGUCCUCCACCAAGAAGGCCUCCGGCAAGACCCAGCGCAGCGCCAUCGCUGACGUUGUCGCCCGCGAAUACACGAUCCACCUCCACAAGCGCGUCCACGGCGUCAGCUUCAAGAAGAGGGCUCCCCGCGCCAUCAAGGAGAUCCGUGCUUUCGCCGAGAAGGCCAUGGGCACCUCCGACGUCCGCCUCGACCCCCAGCUGAACAAGAAGGUCUGGGAGUCCGGCAUCAAGGGUGUUCCUUUCCGCCUCCGUGUCCGCAUCUCGCGUAAGCGUAACGACGAGGACGGCGCCAAGGAGAAGCUCUACUCGUACGUCCAGGCCGUCAACGUCAAGGACCCCAAGGGUCUCCACACCCAGGUCGUCGAGGACGCUUAG